AUGAUCAUAACUUUAUUGAUAUUGGAUAUAAAGUCACCCCUCACCAUGGAGACAGCGGAAGUGAGAUUUCUUACACACCACACACAGACCUUUUUACUCGCCGCCGCAUUGAUGACCCCUUCCCAAGUAACCACCACCUACGUUGCUCAGUGCCUCCGAUCCAACCCAACUCAGUUUGUCAAGCUCGAUAUUCUUGGCCAUACCAUUGAGCUACCUGUAUUUGCUAUGCGACGACGUAAUGCACUUGCACACCUUUAA